AUGUCAGGUGUGGUGUGGACACACCCGCACUAAACGGCAGUCUUAGGAAAGAAUUUACCUGUAGGUGGGCGGAAGCUUGCAGUCAGCGCGCACAACUUCGCAAGAGACUGACAGCAGAAGAGGCUCGGGUCGAGUGAGAUGGAUCCCAAGCAGCCAACAGCUGCGGGGGCUGGAGGGGGGAGAGGGACGGCUCUGAGAGGCCCGUUUUACGGGAGGCUCCAGGAGGACGAGAGCGACGCCGCCGGCCCACUGAGUGAGCUGAACUCGGCUGGAGCCACGCCGCCUAUUCCCACAUGCAAGGAAGCAAAGGAGCUCUAUUCGAUGGACAGCUCCCUGUCAUCUUCUGACAGUGAGGAUGAGGACAAGGAGAAUAAGAAGACGAAAAAGAAGAAGCUGAAGAAGAAGGCUAAGAAGCGCAAGGCCUCAUCUUCAAGUUCAUCUUCAUCAUCGUCCUCUUCUUCGUCUUCAUCAUCUUCCUCCUCAUCCUCAUCCUCAUCAUCAUCAUCUUCAAGCAGCUCCUCAGACAGUGACAGUGAGGAUGAAAAGGAGAAGAAGAAGAAGAAAAAGAAAAAGAAGAAGAAAGACGAGAAGAAGAAAAAGACUGCAUGUGAUGCUGCUUUAUCUGAGUCAGGACUUGUCACCGAUAUGGCUGUUCCCUAUACUGAGACACAGGAUGAGGAGCUGGUGAAAAAAUGUAAAGAGGAUAAGUCAGAUGGCUCUGGUUCAUCAUCGGAGAGUGAGGAUGAGAAAAAGAAGAAGAAGAAAGACAAAAAGAAAAAGAAGAAGAAAGAUAAAAAGAACAAGAAGAAAAAGAAGAAGGAUUCCAGCUCCAGCGGUUCUUGUUCUGAUAGUUCCUCAGACAGUUCAAGCGAGGAUGAAAAGAAAAAGAAGAAAAAAAAGAAAAAGAAGAAGAAGAAGAAGAAGACAAAGAAGAAGAAGGAUUCCAGCAGCUCAUCUUCAGACGACUCCAGUGAGGAUGAGAAGAAGAAGAAGAAAAAGAAGAAGAAGAAAAAGAAGAAGAAGAAGAAGACAAAGGGUAAAAAGGACAAGAAGGAUGAGAAGAACAAGACUCAGGAGACCGAGGAUGGCGAGGAGAAAAUCGAAGAGGACAGUGUGAUUGGUGUUUCCUCCACUACGGACUUCCCAUCUGGAAGCGAUGCCGUCUCCUGUGUGAAGGACGAUGACGGACACAUGAGCGAUGACGAAGGAGAGGGGCCGGAGGGAGAGAAAAAGAAAAAGAAAAAGGAGAAGAAGAAGAAAAAGAAAAAGGAUUCUGGUUCUUCCUCCUCUUCCUCUGACAGCUCCUCCUCAUCCUCAUCAGACAGCGAGGAUGACAAAAAGGAAAAGAAGAAAAAGAAAAAAGAUUCCUGCUCCUCUUCCUCAUCAGACAGCUCAUCUUCUUCAGACAGUGACGAUGACAAAAAGAAGAAGAAAAAGAAGAAGAAAGACAAGAAAAAGAAAAAGAAGAAGAAGAAGGGGUCGGAUUCCUGCUCGUCAUCAGACAGCGAUGAUGACAAGAAGAAGAAGAAGAAGAAAACAAAGAAGAAGAAGAAGAAGAAGAAGAAGGUGAAGAAGGAUUCUAGCUCGUCUUCAUCUUCAGACAGCUCAUCUUCAGACAGUGAUGAUGAUGAUAAGAAGAAGAAGAAGAAAGACAAGAAGAAGAAGAAAAAGAAGGGCAAGAAAAAGAAGGAUAAAAAGGAUUCUUCCAGUUCCUCAUCAGACAGCUCCUCGUCUUCUUCAGACAGUGAGGAUGACAAGAAGAAGAAAAAGAAGAAGAAGAAAGACAAGAAAAAGAAAGACAAGAGGGAUUCCAGUUCCUCCUGCUCUGCCUCCUCCUCAUCCUCUUCCUCCGACAGUGACUGCGAUAAGAAGAAGAAAAAGAAGAAAAAAGACAAAAAGAAGAAGAAGAAGAGUGUGAAAAAGGAUUCCAGUUCCUCCUCUGACAGUGACUGCGAUAAGAAGAAGAAAAAGAAGAAAAAAGACAAGAAGAAGAAGAAGAAGAAGAGUGUGAAAAAGGACUCCUCCUGCUCUUCGUCUGGCUCAUCCUCCUCUGAUAGCGAUGAUGACAAGAAGAAAAAGAAGAAAGACAAGAAGAAAAAGAAAGACAAGAAGAAGAAGAAAGACAAGAAGAAAGACAAGAAAAAGAAAGACAAGAAGGACUCUGACAGUGGAGAGGAUAAAAAGAAGAAGAAGGACAAGGAUAAGGAGGACUCUACCUCCUCCUCCUCCUCUUCGUCUUCAUCAGGGAGUGACAAGGAGAACAAGCCCAAGAAACCCGGGAAGGAAGGAGAAGGAGAUGGCGGACAGAAGGAGGACUGCACCCCUGGAGGAGUCCACGGACUCGACAAGUUCGAACCCCCCAAAGGGCCAUCCCCUUACAAGUUCAAAUCCGUCGGGGUGGACGACGACUUCAAGAGCAGUCUGGAGCCAAAAGCCAAGCCCACCCCGCUGUCGGUCCCUUCCCAGCCCACUCCCACUCUCACAGACAAGAACCUCAGGCCCACGUCUCGCUACGAGAGCCCCAGCUCCCGCUAUGACAGCUCCACCUCCCGCUACGAGAGCUCCACCUCCGUCGCGCUCCGGUCCCCAAGAAGCCCCUCAGCGAGGCCUGUUACUGCCAUGGAGUCCCUCAUGGGAGACCCCGGCAGGGCUGGAGGGACAUCUGGUGUGUCUGGGACCAGGUCCUCUCUGGUCAAGUCCAGCGACAUAUUGCGUGGGCCAAGACCGUAUGAGCCAGCAGGGGAAAAAUAAAAGAGGAGGAUUUCCGCAGUGCUCAAGAGUGUCUCUGACCGCCAGUAGCCUGCUCAGCUGCAGUCUGGGGAGAUGGUGUGGGUGAUACAAAAAAAAAAUGAAAAAUCCUGCUGUCACAUUUGAGAUGGCAGAGAUAACAUGGCGGCGGUCGACCUUCUCUCUGUCUGUGUACUCACAGCAAAUGAUCUAAUCGUCCCUGCCUGUUAACGGUUGAGGGUAAAUCACAGGAUUUUGAUGUUGAUGGGUUUUUUUGUAAUUGGCUGGUGAUGGCAAAGACGAUUAUUAAAGAAUCCGUUUCAAGAAUUGA